AUGGCUACAGAAAACCCCCAACGUCUCACAGUUUUGAAACUGGCCACCAAUAAAGGUCCAUUAGCUCAAAUAUGGCUUGCCUCAAAUAUGUCAAAUAUAUCGAGAGGUUCCGCCAUUCAAACUCAUAUUGCUGAAUCAGCAAAAGAAAUUGCAAAGGCCUCCGGUUAUGGUGAUGAAACAGAAAACGUAGAACACAUCACUCUACGAACCUCAGGUGAAUUAUUACAAGGUAUCGUUCGCGUGUAUUCUAAGCAAGCCACUUUCUUACUUACAGAUAUUAAGGAUACAUUAACAAAGAUCAGCACCUUAUUUAAAACAAAUCAGGGAGUGCAUGUUACAGUGAGCAGGCUAAAUACUGUCACGAGGGUUGACCAAUUGAUUUUAGAAGAUGCGGUGACAGAAAGAGAAGUUUUAGUUACUCCUGGGUUGGAAUUCUUAGAUGACACUACAAUACCUGUAGGAUUAAUGGCGCAAGAAAAUUCAAUGGAAAGAAAAGUACAAGGUGCUGCCCCUUGGGAUACAUCACUGGAGGUUGGGAGAAGAUUCAACCCAGACGAAGACCUUGAGCAUAAUCACAUGUCUAGUAUGGACCUUGAUUUCGAUAUCGAAGAAGGCCCAAUGACUUCAAAAUCAUGGGAAGAAGGAACAAGACAGAGUUCACAUAAUUUUGGUGCACAUGAAAAUUUUAUACAAGAUGACGAUUUUCCUCUUGGUGAUGCUGCAAACGUCGAUUGGGAUCUGGGGAUUACUGAAAACAAUGGUCAAAGCGAUAAUAGUGACGAUCAUUCCGUUGAGCAAGGUAGAAGGGUCGAUGGGUCGAUGAUGUCUGAAGAACCUACAGACUUUAAUUUUAACUUAGAAAUYGAAAAGGAUGCACCCAUGGAUGACAUGGAUUUAUCGACAGAUUCCCUAUUAGAACCACAGCAGUCCAAACAAAUUAGAAGAAGAAGAAAUUCCCAGUUAUUAAAUACAAAAAAUAUUCAGCUCGAUGAAGAAACAGAAAAUUCGGAAAGUCCGACUUCUUCCAACAAUUACAACCAACAAGGAUCAAGUAAUUCACUCACAGCUCAACGUGUCAAUAUAACAACUAAAAGACUAUGGAGUGAACUCGCCGAAAACAUGGCUUACUUACCGGAUUCAAUCUUUAAGAACUUUUUAUCAUACAAUUCUCUAAAGAAAAGAAAAGUACAAAAUAUAAUAGAAGGGUCAAUUGAAGAACCUGAGCUAAACAUGUCAUUGGACCUCAAUGAAGAUGUAAUCAGCAACGCGGCCGUAAGCGAUGGUAGUUUCAAUGAUUUGAAUGAGGAUGUUGCUGGCUUUGAGCCGAUUGACGCUGAUUUAAGUGAAGCUCCUUUCCUAGAAGAAGAUCUUGCCAGUACAAAUACGGGAAGCGUAGAAACCACUACACAAACGGAAAAAGUCCGCCUAGUGUCUGGUGAAGUGGCUUCUAAAGCUACCGUUCAAAUGGCGGAGAUUUUAAGAAGAGAAAUAACUGCAGAGAAAGAAGUGAUGUUUACAAAUGUUUUGAGACACCAGCUAAAUACUUCUUCAGAAAAUAUUACUAGAAGAGAAGCCAGUAAAGGAUUUUUCGAUAUUUUAUCCCUUGCUACAGAGGGAUGCGUUGAUUUGAACCAAAAAGAAACGUUUGGCAAUAUCAUGAUAGACGCCAAACCAGCUCUAUUUGAAAGAUUCAUUACUGCUUAA